CAGACGGGCACCGGCUAACAACACGCAUCGCAGACGCGUCUCUUCGAUAACAACAAAACAAAAAAUAACAACAAAAAGAAGAAAAAGAAAAAAGCCCAGUAAGGGAAAUAUAAAAAGAAAACACAUAAAACAAGAACAAAAAACACAUAUGUAGCAACGAUAAUAAAUAUAUAGUCGGUAUCGCUCGGGAGUUGUUCGUUAAACAGCGAAAAAUGAACUGAAACUGACUGAAGCUGAAUUUUGUUGUCGGAUUUCAUUAUCAUUAAGACCAUCAAACGUGCAACGCAACCCGGUUGCAGGCAGUUAGUAAUCGAAAAGAAGCAACCCAACGGAGAUCCUCCCACCAGGGCAAAGAUGAGUGCCGCACAUGAGCCGACCAUCCACUAUCUGGACAGCAUCCUCAACGAGGAGGAGAAGCGAUGCGAUCAAUAUUCGCAUCAGUGGCGCAAUUUCACAAUUUCUCGAUCGGGUCGCUUCAGAUCGAAGAACAAGAAACGUGAUGUGGUCGAUGGAAAACUGUUCGACGGCAAGGAGAACGAUAAGAUCUCAGCGCGCAAUACGACAAGUAGCGCCAUGUCCAAGUCCAGCUCCUAUGCCACAAGUGCAACAUCAAAUCCAAGUGCAUCGACAGCGCCAACAGCGGGCGCAGGAAUUGGGGCAACAUCCAUGCGAAGUCAACGUGACAACAAAACGGAGAGCUAUAAAAGCUGCUACGAAACAAGCUUUUAAAUAGUGGGCACAUCAUCUACAAACUAUAUACAUACAAACUAUAUAAAAAUAUAUAUACGAAAUGUAUAUACGUAUGUAUAUAUAGCAUAUAUAUACAUAUAUGUAUAUACAUUUGUAUUGCGCUUUAUUAAAUCAACCUAAGAGUUUAUUGCACAACGUGUGGACUAUAAAUAUAUAUAUAUAUAUAUAAACAUAUAUAUAAAAAAAAAACUGCACAAAUUGGCAAUAAAAGAAAAGGAACCAACAAAAAACACAACUACAACAAAUAACACAAGGGAAGACCAAUUUUUGGUUUUUUUUUGCGCUGGCUGCUUUGAUAAAGUUAUUUUGUGUGUUUAGUUAUCAGCUAUUUAGUAUUAGUGGAGAAUAAAACAGAUUGGGCGCUAGCUUAGGCACUCUCUGAAUAUAUAGAGUAUACAUAUAUAUAUAUAAACAUAUAUAUAUAGAUCGAUUGUACUUACAUAUAUUUAGUAUAUAAAGUAAAUGUAUGAACAUUAUUAUCUCUUUCAUGCUUAGAUUGUACAAGUAUUAAAACGUGAUAAUUGCACUAAAUGGCAUAUAUACACACAUAUAUGCAUAUUUUUAAAUUUACAAAUUAUAUAUCGUAUAUAUACAUACACACACACAUACAUACAUACACACACAUAUAAUAUGUAUACAUGGCUUAAUUUGUAGAAACUAGUAAAAAUUUGCAAUGCCUAAAACUUAUUAAUAAAGCAUAAGGUUCGAUUUUA